AUGGAAUUUGGGUCACAGUGAUUUGGGUUCGCGCAUUUACGGUUUUUGGCGAGGAGAGGUUCCUUCGUUUCCUGCAAUUUGUGAUAUAUGCGGUUGUUGUGGGUUGAAUUCCAUCGUUCUGAGUGGCUGUUUCAUCAGCGUUGUCGUGAUGAAAUCUGCCUAUCGGUGGGAGUUGUGACGUGGCAAAGCUUUAUUCCGGAAAAAGGAGACCGGUGCUUGUCUUGGAUUGGAGCUUGCGGAAUGCGGGGAUCCAGUGGUGUGACAGAAUGGAGAGAUGGAGGGCAGUAGAUUUUGAGAACGUCCAGCUUCACAGCUACACUCGCAAUCGCUUUUGUAGAUAGACAACAGAAAGGGUUGGAUUUCGGAAUUGUAAAGAAUUGCCUCAAGACUUUUGGAGUUGGGUAAGAUUGGAUUCGAAGAAUUGGCAGAUUGUAUGAGAGUAGUGGAAGUAGCGAAGAAGGAAGUGUAGGGCUAUGGCAAUAGCUCUCAUUGGAAGCCAGUUGUGGCGCGCACCUUCUCCAUGCCGCCUUAGUUCAGUUUACCGGUCGAGCUCAACCAUACCGCCCCUUCGUGUUAAUUGUAGCGUAGACCCAACAUCAACAAGCUCCGCAGGCAGUACCAGUGGCGAUGGCGAUGGUGGCAGUAAGAAACAUGUUGAUACAAGGAUACACUGGGGAGAUUCAGCGGAAGGAUGGAUUGGAAUAGAUUGUGACGAUGAGACGUCGUCUCAAUUUAGGUCGUGGGGCAGACGCGGCAGGAGUAAUUCCAGUUUACUUGAUCAGGCCUCUGACAGCCAUUACAGGUACAUGGGCUUGUCAUCAGAUGCUGAAUUGGAGGAGAUUAAAUCUGCGUACCGACGGCUAUCUAAGCUCUAUCAUCCUGAUACCACCCAGCUCCCUCUGGAGAUUGCUGCGCAGAAAUUUAUGCGGUUGAAGGAUGCGUAUGAUACCCUUAGCAACGAAGAAUUGAGAAACCUUUACGACAGCCGGUUGGAGAAUAAGAUCGUGAUGAACAAUGAGGGGAGCUUAUAUGGCUACCCAACAAGCUCCCAGCAAGGCUAUAACUCCCCCACCCAGAAGAGACCAGAGCGCGUGGAUGUGGAUACCCUUGGGGGUGACAACAUGCCCCUUAGCGACCAAGCUCUCACAGCCCUAGGCUUCGAUCUCCUCGUUUUUGUUAUUUGCGUUCUUGUCAUUAUUUACGUCGCAUACUUUAAACAUGCUGCUUGAGACGACAUUGAAUAAAAGGGGUAAAGAUCACACUGUUUUAUCGGGAUUGCUCACCAGGAGAUGAACAUGAUACAUAUCAGCAGCUAUUUUAAACCGUGUAGGUUGCAUCUUGGUGACCUAGUUGAAUGCUCUUAACCGACCUUGAGAAAAAAGAGGAUGGCCUUGCAGGAGUAGUAAAGAGAUGUGCUCCACAAUUUUACCAGCCCUCCUCAAAUCUCAGCAGUGUCGGUGAAAUUGCCUGUAUCACUGAAAAGCUAAAUAUUUGAUGAGAGGGAAUAUGCAUCACGUAUCUGAAGCACGUGGGAGCUGGAAUUCACCAUU